ACCUUUCUUUUGGGGCCUUCAGGUGGAAGAGUUAAAAGAGCCUUCGGAAAAAAUAAGCAAAUUAUGAGCUUUGCCCAACUGGGCUUGAUGAACAUUCGUCAAUCCCUUUUGGGUUAAGACAAAAGUCAAAUAAAGUUGGAGUUUUUACACUUGGGUUUUUCCAUAUUUUGACUUUGAAAUUGCGUACAGUUCAUGUCCUCCUCCAUUCUUUGUUUAUUUCUUCUCCUGUUUAUAUUUUGUUCGGAAUUUCCUUUUAACACGUGAAUAAUCCUGUAUCUAAGUGAUAUUGAAUUCUCUUCUUCCUAUUUUCCUUGAGAUCUUUUCCUGCCUCUGCCAUAUUCUGCUCUGAAUUUAAAGAGUAAAGGAUCUCGAAUUGAUUAUUUAUUUACCCAAGAAAGAAAGAGAGAAGGAAAAAGGGUGUGAAUGGAGUUUAUAUGUGUGAAUUUUUCUGAUGACCUGUAAAAGAAUGUUGCUUUUGAUCGAGUUGGGAUCUUAUCUGAUGUGGGUCUGCUCUGCUAGCUUUCACCAUUCUUGGAGUCCCUUGAUUUGUUAGAGUAAAAAACUUAAUUGACUAUGAGCAGGUAACAUUAAACGUUAUGGGUUGGCUUAGCAAGAUUUUUAAAGGCUCCAGCCACAAGUUAUCGGAAGAGCAUUGUCGUGAGAAUUAUGGAGAGGAUCCAAAUAACUGUGGACCUUCUUGUUCCGGGGAGGUCUGGUCAGAAAACGAGAAUGAAGAUAUAGACCGUGCUAUUGCACUCUCUCUUUUAGAAGAAAAUCAAAAAGGAAAAAUUGUGGUUGGUUUUGAUUCUCAGUUGGAAGAAGAUGAACAACUCGCCAGAGCCCUACAAGAAAGUCUGAAUGUGGAGUCUCCUCCCCAACAUGGAAAUGGAAAUACAUAUCAACCUAGCACUCCUCCCCAAUAUGGAAAUGGAAAUACAUAUCAACCUAUCACUCCUCCCCAACAUGGAAAUGAAAAUACAUAUCAACCAAGCACUCCUCCCCAAUAUGGAAAUGGAAAUACAUAUCACCCUAUCACUCCUCCCCAUUAUGGAAAUGGAAAUACAUAUCAACCUAUCCCUCCUCCCAGAUAUGGAAAUGGAAAUGCAUAUCAACCUAUCCCCAUGUACUACCCAAUGGGGUCCAGGAUUUGUGCUGGUUGCAAUGCUGAGAUUGGUUUUGGACGAUAUUUGAAUUGCCUGAAUGCAGUUUGGCAUCCAGAAUGUUUCCGUUGUCGUGCAUGCAACCUACCAAUUUCUGAUUAUGAGUUUUCUACAUCUGGGCAUUACCCUUACCAUAAAUCUUGCUAUAAGGAGAGCUACCAUCCAAAAUGUGAUGUUUGCAAGCACUUUAUUCCAACCAACACUGCUGGUCUUAUUGAAUAUAGGGCACAUCCAUUUUGGGUCCAGAAAUACUGCCCUUCUCAUGAACACGAUACUACUCCUCGGUGCUGCAGCUGUGAGCGAAUGGAGCCACAGGACACAAAAUAUGUGCCCCUUAAUGAUGGUCGGAAGCUCUGUCUAGAGUGUCUGGACUCUGCAAUCAUGGAUACCAGUGCAUGCCAACCCCUAUAUCUUGAUAUACAGGAAUUUUAUGAAGGUUUAAAUAUGAAAUUGGAGCAGCAAGUUCCGUUACUCUUGGUUGAAAGACAAGCGUUAAAUGAAGCAAGAGAAGGAGAAAGAAAUGGCCAUUAUCACAUGCCUGAGACCAGAGGCCUUUGCCUUUCUGAAGAACAGACUAUUAGCACGAUUUCAAAGCGGCCACGGUUUGGGGGAGGAAACCACUCCAUGGAAAUGGUAACAGAGCCAUACAAGCUAACUCGUCGCUGUGAGGUGACCGCAAUUCUAAUCUUGUAUGGGCUUCCAAGGUUGCUGACUGGGUCUAUUCUAGCACAUGAGAUGAUGCAUGCAUGGCUGCGGCUUAAAGGUUACCGACCUCUUAGUCAAGAUGUUGAAGAGGGUAUCUGUCAGGUUCUAGCUUACAUGUGGCUAGAGGCCGAGCUUAUAUCUGGCUCAGGCAGCGAUGUGGCAUCAACCUCGUCUUCCUCCACUUCCUCGGCAACGAAGAAGGGUACAAGAUCUCAGUUUGAGAAGAAGCUCGGUGGGUUCUUUAAACACCAGGUGGAAUCAGACAUGUCCCCAGUAUAUGGAGAUGGAUUCCGGGCUGGUCAACAGGCAAUACAGAAAUAUGGGCUUCGAAGUACCUUAGACCAUAUUAGAAUGACAGGGACGUUUCCUUAUUGAGGACUAAAUCCUUGAAUUUUUUUUGGAGGCACUUCGCUUUUCACAUAAUUACAAAUUGGCCUUUCAUAUUAGAACCCAAGGCCAAAGUGCAUAGGUAUUGACUACAUAGUUUUAGCUGAUUUUUAUGAUUGUGGCUGUAAUGCCAUGAAUCAAUUUAAUGAUUUGAUUUAUAAUUUU